GCAUAUUCCCCAUUUCCUUUCCAAUCCCUAUUUCCCCUUCCUUAAUCCUUAAUCCCUAAAAUUUUUCUUACUUCUUGGUUUUUCGCCACUAUCGCCCCUGUUACUUCUCUGCCUUUUGCUGCUUUUUGCUUAUUGCUUCUUGUUUCUUCGCCAUUGUCCCCACUACUGCUUCCCUGCCUUCUACUGGUUUUCGCUUCUUGCUUCUUCACCAGUCGCCACUACUGCUUUUCACUUCUCUACCUUUUGCAAAUUUUGCAACCUCAGUUCCCCCACCCACCCAUUCACUUAUUCAUAAAGACGACACCCCACCCCGCUCAGAGACCUCUAGCGUCGCUGCUUGUUUGUCUCCCGCUUCCUCUGUCAACUUCUCCGCUCCAACAUUCAGCCUUCAAUCAUCGCUGUUGUCGUCGCACAUUGUGUUUCCAUUGGUAUCACAACUAUAUAUAUUGCAACAACAUAGCCCAAAACAUUGAUUCAUUAUGUGUUUAUUUAUUUAUUUUUAUUUUCAUUGUGUUAGAAUAUUUCACUUAAAUCACUGGUAAUUGUUUGAUUAGUUACUAGUUCCAAUCGACUAUUGAAUUGAUUCAUGUACUAAACAACUUUAGUGAGGAUCUGAUCGACUAUCUAGUUUGCUAGAUUUGAGGUUUUAAAUUCAUAUAUAUUAAUUAGUAGUUAAAAUGACAACCAGUUCAAAUAUUAGUUAUUUUUGCAUUUAUUGACGGUGUAGAUAAUGGCUAAUCAAAUCUUUUGGAGUGUUUUAUUCAAUUUUGACUUUACUAGAAUUUACAAUAUUUCAAUAGCAAAACUUCAUAACUUGGUGUGUUUUGUGAGGAAAAAUUAAGUUGUAUACAUCAGGAUUUUAAAAUCCUAUAAACUUCUAAUGGUUUUACAAAUUAUAUUUUAUAAUUGUGAUGCUAUUGCUAUCAUUUAAUAAUAUUAUCAUUAAAAAGAAAGGAAAAAAAAAUUGUUGCCAACUUGGCAGGUUCAACAUUUGAUUCUUUACAGAUUUUAUCAAUGUAUUUUUCCUUAACUGCUUGCUAAGUCUUGGUUACUUGAGAGAAUAGGUUCACAUUUUAGCAUUUCCUUGACGUAUAUGCAUGUGAGCUCAUUUUAGCCUAAUUACCCAUUUUGUUAGAAAGCUGAUAAAUCUCAUAUCACAUUUGCAUCUUUUUAUUUGGUUUUAUUUACUUAGAUGCUUGUAUUGAUAUGCAUCCAUUAUGUCUGGUUGUUUCUAAUAUAUAAAUAAUUAAUUGAAGCAUUUAUAGGUCAACUCUCUAUGCCAUGAAAUUAAUGCAAAUAUACUUUUGUUUCUUUCCUUGUACUUCAUGCCACGAAGUACUCCACUUGAGAUUAUGAUGCUAUCUUUUUAUGGUAAGAUGAAUUAUUAUUUGGUUGAUGGUGUUUAUAUAAUUUUAAAAUACUAAAAUUUUGUUUGGAUUUAUUUUUUCUUAUAAUAGAAACAUGAGAAAUAAAAUAAAAAAGUUACAUUUAUAUAAUUUCGAAUCAUGAUAUUAAAAUUAUUUAUUUUUUGUAUUUAUACGAGUUUAAAUUAAGGAUAAUUAAUUUAAAAAUUUUAGUUUUGAAAUUUGAUAUUAUGAAAGGAUUGACUUGAUUAUCACAAAGGUUGGGGAAUUAAAAGCAUAAGUUUUUCCUGCAUCUUUCUCUAUGGUUUUUAACUGUUAAUUGUAUAUUGGAAAGGGAUAGGGAUAAGAUGGCAUUCUUCUCAUUAUAUAAUAUUCAUAUUUAAUACACAUAUGGACUUGUCUGUUUAUUUCCUACACAUAAAUUUGCUUCUUUACAGCAAUCACCCAACAGGGAAAAUACCCAUCUCUUCUAACCUUCACAUCUCCUCUCCCUUCAAAUCCCCCCCAAAAAAAAACCAUUUUGUUCCCAGUUUUCAAUAUAUCAUCAUCUUUAACAUUUCUUGUUCAUUAUGCUACAAUGAGAGACAUUGUUUCUUGUUUCAGUGAAAACGCAGUAAACGUUUCUCAUUCUUCAUGUUCUUCAAGCCAUUCAAGCAAUGAUGCUUGUAUGAUCUCCCCUACAUUACUAGUGCCUUCACUCCAGAACCAAGUCUCUGCUAUUUACAAAGUCAUUCUUUCUACUAAGAAGCCACUAUUGGUUCGGGUCACAUGGUGCAAGAACCAAACCGGUCAGGGCCUUAUCUUAAACUUUGGUGACGACGAUGAAGAUGACCCGUCAACCUGCUUUAAACUCAACACCAAUUUGAGGUUUUUCAGGAAGAAGAAAGGUAACAAAGUGAUCGAAGCUAACCAUUCAAAGAUUGAAGUCAUUUGGGAUCUUUCCUCCGCUAAAUAUGAUGCAGGACCCGAACCGGUUAACGGGUUCUAUGUGUUAGUCAUGGUUGACUCAGAGAUAAGCCUUGUUUUAGGCGACAUUGAUGAAGAAACCGUCACCAGAAAGUUCAAAAAGAAGACCCCAGUUGCUAAAGUCUCCCUCAUUUCCCGACAAGAACAUUGUUCAGGCAAUACCCUCUACUCCACCAAGGCUCAAUUCUCUGAUACGGGCAUUGUUCAUGAUGUUUUGAUAAGAUUUGGUGGGGAAAAUGAAGGCCUAAAGCACCCUGUUUUAUCAGUUUACAUCGAUAAGAAGACAGUGAUUCGUGUGAAGAGGUUGCAAUGGAAUUUUAGAGGAAACCAGACCAUAUUUGUUGAUGGGUUAUCAGUUGAUCUGAUGUGGGAUGUUCAUGAUUGGUUCUUCAAACCUGUCACGGGUUCUGCAAUUUUCAUGUUUAGGACAAGAAGUGGAUUCGAUAGCCGACUUUGGUUGGAGGAGAAGUUGUUGCAGAAAGAUCAAGAUAGACAUGGAUUCUCAUUGUUGAUUUAUGCCUGUAAGAACACAUAAAAAGAAGCACACUUUGUUCCAUGUUUUUGUUUGAUUUUUUUCUUCUUUUUGAAAAAUCAGAACUUAGCUUUAAGUGUUA